CAAUAUGUCAUUAGAGCUUAGGUAGUUUAUGUGCUCUUGGAAGUCCCUAGCAAUCGAACUGCCUGCUUCAUGUUGAUUUCAGCAGUGUGAUUAACCGCAGAGCGUUGUUUUUAUUUUAAGAAAAAAAAAUCAUGGAAUUGAAUUCUCUUUUAGUUCUACUGGAAGCAGCCGAAUAUUUGGAAAGAAGAGAACGAGAAGCAGAACAUGGCUAUGCAUCCUCUUUACCAUUCGCUAGCGAGUAUUCCAGGAAAAAGACAAAAGCAUCAUCGCUGUCAAGGAAAAACCAAAGCAACAGAUCCUCACACAACGAGCUAGAAAAACAUAGACGGGCUAAACUUCGGCUAUAUCUCGAGCAGCUUAAACAGUUGGUUCCAUUGGGGCCAGAUAGCACAAGACAUACAACUCUGAGCCUUUUGAAAAGAGCCAAACUACAUAUCAAGAAAUUAGAAGAGCAGGACAAAAGGGCUUUGAAUGUAAAAGAACAGCUACAACGGGAACACAGGUACCUUAAACGCAGAUUGGAACAACUUUCGGUGCAAGGAAUGGAACGUCUUCGAACAGACAGUAUGGGAUCAACUAUCUCAACAGACUCUGAACAAGAAGUUGAUAUAGAAGGAAUGGAGUUCACAGCAGGUGAGGUGGAUAGCACUGGAAGCUCUAGUGAUGCUGACGAUCGCUACAGUUUAAAGAGUGGAUCCAGUGAUGGUGACUAUACACAUUCCCACAGACUUCAAGCAAGGCUACCAUAGUGCCUUGGAUUCUGCAACUUUUUAGGGGGCUGUCUCACCAACCAAGGGCACUUAAAGAAUUAUGGAGGUUUCAACUGCCAUUUCUUUGGAAUUCCCAGCAACAGUUCAGAAACAGAAGUUUUUUUAAGUCCAUUUCUUGCUUUGUUACCAUAAAGUCUACAGUAAGUGUCCGUGGUUCUGCGACAGUGAACUGUGGCUAGGUACAGUUGUGACUUGGUAAUACAUACUAAAACUUUUACAUAUCUCGUUCUAGUGAUUACACAAUGCAUUCUAUACAAUGGUCACUCAUCUUUUUUCACCUUUCACAUUAAAGGUGUUUUCUUUC